AUGCAACUGCAAGGCACCAAUACGUAUGUCAUCGGCACCGGACUAGAUCGCCUUUUGAUCGACAGUGGACAAGGUCGUCCAGGUUGGGUGCUGCUGCUGUCGUCCUUGGCGAAAAAACAGAGUUUCAAGAUCUGCAAGGUGCUGCUGACGCACUGGCAUCUCGAUCACACCGAAGGAGUGCGGGAUCUGCUACGAAUGAAUCCGGAACUGAAAGAUGCGAUUUACAAAUACGACCCUGACCCUUGCCAGCAACCUAUCACCGAUGGGGAUAUCUUUGCCGUGGAGGGAGCGACGGUCCGAGCAGUGUUUACACCGGGGCAUUCCGCCGAUCAUGUCUCAUUUCUCCUGGAAGAAGAGACUGCCAUCUUCACGGGAGACUGCUUAUUAGGUCACGGCACAACGGCAGUGGAGAACCUAGAGCAGUAUAUGCAAAGCUUGCUCAAGAUACGGGGGCUAAAUUGUCGGAUUGGGUACCCGGGCCAUGGAGCGCCGAUUGUCAGCCUGCAAAGCCGGCUGCUAGGGGAGAUUGACCAGAGACAACGUCGCGAACGGAAAAUGCUGCUUGAUUUGGAAUCUCACGAGGGUGGUUCUGCAACUGAGGCAGAGUUGAUCGAGGCGGCGUUUGGGAAGAAAGUUCCCGAGAUCGUCCGGGAAAAUAUCCUUGCACCACACGUAAAGGAGAUUCUCAUGAAGAUGGCACGCGAGAAACGAGUUGGAUUUCGAUCCAAAGGGGGACAGAAGCACUGGUUCAUCAAUAAGACCCACUAA